GCCGAACCGAUCGUGUAGAGAAAAGGCGUUUUACUGCGGUGAGUACGACAAUGGAAACUCAGUGAUGCCCGGGGUUCUGGAAGGACCGGGUCUGAUCAACGACCACAAGCCAGACGUCAGAACGCUCCAGGGACCGAGUCCGACCUCCUCAUCCCAGGGACUGAGUCCCACGAACCACGAGCUCCCGGGCAGCCCCGGGAGCUGCAUCCGGAGCAACGAGCCGGCGUACUUGGAACUCCGACCCGUGAAGCCGAAAUCCGAGCCCGGGGAGCUGGAUCUGUCCUCUCCAGAUAGCGGAGCCGUGGUGUAUUGCGCCGGAUGUCACAACAAGAUCCUGGAUCGGUGGUACCUGCAAGCCGUCGACAGGGCGUGGCAUGCGUCUUGCCUCCGCUGUGCUCAGUGCGCCCGCCCCUUAGAGGGUGCCCUCACCUGCUUUGCCAGGCAGGGGAGCAUCUACUGCAAAGAAGACUAUUUACGGUGAGUCGCGUUCGA